AUGGGGGGUGCAGCAGCGGGCGUGCAUGCAGAUGUCGGACGGUUACGCCUCGGCGUGAAGCCGGGAGAGAAGAGGGAGGUGGAGGUAGAUGGGGUCGAGGAGGGGAAGGUCCUGUUGCUGAAUGUUGCGGGGAAGACUACUGCUGUCGGUGCUAAAUGCACUCAUUAUGGUGCCCCUCUUGUCAAGGGAGUUUUGACUGGAGAUGGUAGAAUUACGUGCCCGUGGCAUGGAGCCUGCUUCAACGCAAAGACGGGUGAAAUUGAGAACGCUCCGGCCCUUGAUAACCUCCCCGUCUUCGGGCUCGUUGAGAAGGAUGGCGGUGUCUAUGUCACAGGGGCUAUUGGAACUGUUGAGGCGCUUCGCGAACAAGGUUAUAAGGGCUCCAUCACUUUGAUCAGCAAUGAGGGAUACCUGCCAAUUGACAGGACGAAGUUGUCCAAGGCUUUAAUUGCCGACCCAGUCAAGAUUGGGCUGAGAGACCAACCGUGGUUUGACGAGGCUGGAAUCACCACUGUCACCGAUGAGGUGACGGAGGUUGAUUUUCUCACAAAGAAGGUGCACACAAAAUCUGCGAGUGUGUAUCCCUACACCAAGCUGGUGCUUGCAACUGGCGGAACCCCUCGUCAGCUCCCACUACAAGGGUUCAAGGAGCUCGGAAAUAUCUUCGUGCUGCGAAACAUCCACAAUGUAAAAGACAUCCUGGCUGCCAUUGGCGAGAAGAACAAGAAGAUCGUUGUCAUCGGCAGCUCUUUCAUUGGCAUGGAAGUUGCCAAAGCCACAUCCAAGGAUAACUCCGUCUCUGUGGUAGGCAUGGAGAAAGUACCCCUCGAGCGCUACCUAAAGGGAAAUAAAUCUGUGCAGCUGGCUAGAGACGGCUCUCUAACCGUUGACGAGAACUUCCUCGUCCAAGGCCUCAAUGCCGUGUACGCCGUCGGCGACAUCGCGACAUACCCCUACUACGGCCCCGGCAGCAACGGCGCCCUAAUCCGCAUCGAGCACUGGAACGUAGCGCAGAACUCCGGUCGCGCCGCCGCAGCAACAUCGUCGCGCCAACAGCGGCGCGCAAGCGGUUCAUCCCCAUCUUCUGGUCGGCGCUGGGGGCGCAGCUGCGGUGGUGGCGGUGGCGACGAUGGGGAGGGAUCCAUGGUGUCGCAUGCGAGUGAGUUGAUGAGGAGGGGGGGGUUGCCGAAGAAGGCGGAGUUGGAAGGGGGGCUGGAUAUUUUGACGAUUGAGGUUCCUGCUUUGUGA